CUUUGGGCUUUGUUCUGGUUGGAUGGGUGUUAGGCUUAGUGGUACUCUGGAUUUCCUAGUGAUUCUGUGAACUAUCUACUAGCUCUUUUUUAAAAAUGUCUUUUUUCUUUUAAUUAGCUAGAGUUACUUUCUGAUGCUUGCAACUAAGAAUUCUGACACGUUCAAUGCCAAGACCUGUCACUAGUCAAAUACUCGGUAGAAGCCUUUGUAGAGAAGAGCGCUGAUCUGCCAUUUCACCCUGGUUGCCUGUGCGCUCUGGUCUGGUUGGAGGUGACCCAAAGGACUGAAGGAGGGAACAGGUGAUGUCGAUUGCAGUUUGUUGGCGUUACCUUUGCCCAUGGUCAGGUGGGCUUGUGAAUCAUAUACAUCAGCCACCCCACUGCAUUUCAUCCUCUGCGGUUUUUUACUGCUGCCUUUGCUUGUUGUUAGGUGCCCUCAAGUCCAUUCCGACUCAUAGCAAGCAAAUGGAUAACAGAAUAAACCACUGCCUAGUCUGUGCCCUCCUCACAAUCGUUGCUAUGUUUGAGCCCACUGUUGCAGCCACCGUGUCAGUCCGUCUUGUUGAGGGUCUUCCUCUUUUUCGCUGACCCUGUACAAAACAUGAUGUCCUUCUCCGGAGACUGAUCCCUCCUGAUAACAUGUCCAAAAUACAUGAGAUGGCAUCUCUCCAUGCUUGUGUCUAAGGAGCAUUCUGGCUGUACUUCUUAAAACAUAUUUGUUUGUUCUACUGGCAGUCCAUUUUAUUAUUCAGUAUUCUUUGCCAGCACCAUAAUUCAGAGGUGUCAGUUCUUCUUCCAUCUUCCUUAUUCAUUGUCCACCUUUCGCAUGCGUAUGAGGCAUUUGAAGACACCAUGGCUUGGAUCAGGUGCACCUUCGUUUUCAAGGUGACAUCUUUGCCUUUUAACACUUUGAAGAGGUCUUUUACAGCAUAUUUGCCCAAUUCAGUGUGUCUUUUGAUUUCUUGGCUACUGCUUUCAUGGGCAUUGAUUGUUGAUCCAAGUAAAAGGAAAUCCUUGACAACUUCAGUACUUUCUCCGUUUAUCAAGAUGUUGCUUAUUGGUCCAGUUGUGAGGAUUUUUUUUUCUUUAUGUCGAGGUGUAAUUCGUACUGGAGACUAUAGUCUUUGAUCUUCAUCCGUAAGUGCUUCAAGUCCUCUUCAUUUUCAGCAAGCAAGAGUGUGUCAUCUACAUAACGCAGGUUAUUAAUGAAUCUUCAUCCAAUCCUGAUGCCCUGUUUUUCUUCAUAUAGUCCAACUUCUUGGAUUAUUUGGUCAGUAUAGAGAUUGAGUAAGUAUGGUGAAAGGACACAACUCUGACACACACCUCUCCUAAUUUUAAACCAUGGUUCUGUUCAUAUGACUGCCUCUUGGUCUAUGUACAGGUUCUACGUGAGCAUAAUGAGGGGUUCUGGAAUUCCCAUUCUUCACAAUGUUAUCCAUAAUUUGUUACGGUCCACACUGUCUAAUGCCUUUGCAUAACCAAUUAAACACAGGUAAACAUCUUCCUGGUAUUUUUUGUUUUCAGCCGGGAUUCAUCUGAAAUCAGCAGUGAUAUCCCUUGUUCCAUGUUCUCUUCUGAAUCUGGCUUCAAUUUCUGGUAGUUCCCUGUUGUACUGCUACAACUGCUUUUGAAUAAUCUUCAGCAAAAUUUUACUUGCAUGUGAUAUUAGUAAUAUCGUUUAAUAAUUUCCGCAUUCUUUUGGAUCACCUUUCUUUAGAAUGGGCACAAAUAUGGAUCUUUUCCAGUUGGUUGGCCAGGUAGCUCUCUUCCAAAUUUCUUAGCAUAGAUAAGUGAGUGCUCCCAGCAUUGCAUCUGUUUGUUGGAACAUUUCAAUUGCCAGUUACCUCUUUGUCCCUUAACAAAUAACUUUGAGAGGUGUGAUGCUUAAGGAGCUGAUGUACAACUUCUUGUUUAUUUCUUUGGAUCUAAGAGUAUUAGCUAUGAAAGUAUUGUUCUUGACUUUUUUUGUGUGGAAUAUUUGCUUAUUUUAUUUAGCCAAAAAUCAUAUCUGAUAGUCCUUAUGGCGUUUUAGUCAACUUUGUUGAGACAUAAUUCACAUACUGUGCAAAUGUACCAAUUUUAAGUGUAUAGUUAAAUGAAUUUUGAUAAAUACAUAUACUGGUAUAACCACUGUUACAGUUGAGAUACAUGACAUUUUUAUUACCCUAAAAAAUUCUCUCCUGUUUUCUUACAGUUAGUAUGUCUCCCCUUCACUACUUUUCACUUGUAAAAUAUGUUCAUCUUAGGCCUUUGCUGUGUCAGUUAAUGACUUGUCAUUUUGGUGUUUAUGGGCACGACAAAUACUUCAGUUUUUUUUUUUUUAAACUUGAGCUUUUAAAUCCAAAGAGAAACUAUCAGUGCUGUAUUCAUUGUAAUACUGAUAAUCAGUACUUUACCCCAGGAAAUUAGUUUUAUGUUAGAUGACUUAUUCUGUUGAAAGGUUUUCCAGUGGGAUGACUUUCCCUGCUUUUCUGUGGCCCAAAGACAUACAAUGCUAGGGUUUCUAUCUGGGUCAGGUUGGGAAGCAGCAAAGCAUAGUUGUUAGGUGUGGGCCCUGCAGUCAAAAUGUCUGGGGUUCAAGUCCUUGAUCUCCUAUCUAUUAGUUUAUGACCUUGGGUAAGUUGCUUAAGUUUUCUGUGUUCCUUCUGUGGGCUUCAGAGCUCUCGUGUAUAAAAGUGCUUACUGCAGGGUAUGGGGUUGUUCAGUCAGCAAGUGUUCAUUAUUGCAAUUACUGUGUAGCACACCCUGUUCUAGGUGCUGAGGUGAACAGAAGAGACAAAUCUUGAAGUUUUCAUUCUAGUUUGAAGAAGACAGUUAGUAAACAAGUAAUCGUGUAGCUUAUCAGAGAAAAAUAACAGGGAACAGGAAGAACACUGAUACGCCUUUGUGGGUAGAGGAAAAAGGAGGCAACACAGGGUGUUGUAAUUUUAAUGAAAGCAUAUAGGUCGGACCUCACCAACUUUUUAAGUUAAAACAUGGAGGUGAGGGAGCAUUCCAGGCAGAGCAAACACAAAUGAAGAAGUGCUGAGGGGGAAGCACCCCUGCAUUUGAGGAACAGUAAGGAGGCUUAUGUGCCUGGAGUAGAGUUGAGUGGGUAGAGGGGAAGAAAGUAGGAGGAGAGAUCCAAAGUGAUCCUGAGGGAAAAGAUUGUGCAAUAUGAAAAAUGUAAUGUCACUGAAUUUUACAUGUAGAUAUUCUUGAACUGGCAAAUGUUUUGGUGUGUGUAUUUUCACCACAAUUAAAAAAAAAAAAAAGUGGUCCUGAGGAUUAAAAAAUGAAGUAAAACACAUGAGGUAUUUAGAAAAAUGCUUGGCACUUUUUUUGUUGUUGUUAAUGAUUAUUGUGUAAUAACAGUUUUCUCAUUAGACAUUUAUGUAGGAAAGAGAAGAACCAAGUGAGCCAUUCCCUCACUCAGCCAUUCAGCAAAUGCUUGAGAUCUUUCUUUUUCAGGCACUGCUGCUACAAAUAGGACUGAGCCGGAAUCUCUGUGUUCAAGGAACUUCUUCCAGUUAGUUCAGGGGUGGAGGCAGAGAUGUAAUGAACAGUGCAAAUAUGGGAUGAUGACUGGUAGGUUAGAUGGAGACCCCAGUUGCUUUGGGAACAUAGGGGAAACCAUAAAAUUAGACUUUAGGUGAGAAUGAGGAAUUGUCAUGUGGGUUUAGCUAUGUGAAGAAAAGAAUCUGUGUUUGAAUACUUGUAGGUGCUUGGUGGUAGUGGUGUGGAAGGGUUGCUUUCUAAGCAGUCAGAACAGCAUGGGUGGGGAUACAGAGGACUGUGGCAGUAGAAUGGGUGUUUGGUUGGUUAGAGUGAAGGGGAGGGUGAGAGAGGGUAGGCAGGAGCCAGAUGGGGAAGUGCUGAAAAAAGGCACCAGGGAGAGUUGAGGGGUGGAAAAGAAAUGAAAGAAGGAAAGAGAGAGGUCAAGGAGGUGGGGCACAGGAAGAAAGGAGAAGUGAAGAGGGGCAGGUACUAACAUGUAUACAGUGCUGACUCUAUUCCAGGAUCUGUUGUAAGUGCCUUGCCUGCAUUUACUCAUUUGAUCCUCAUAGCAACUCUCUGAAGUAUGCUUGGUGGUAUUGUUAUUCACAUUAAACAGAUGAAGAAGCUGAAGUGCCAAAAGGUUAAGUACCUUUCUCAAGGCUACACAGUUUGUAAAUAACGAAUAGAGGUUCUAACUCAGGCGUUCAGGCUUCAGGGUCUGGGUGCCUUAUCACUGCCAGUGAAUUAAUACUCAGCAUUUGUGCUUUUCAUUUAAUCCUAUGGUAACCCUGCAACUGUAUUGGAAUUCCGUUUUUUUGUCACUGGCCUAUGAAUGAUAACAGCAGAGCCAGUUGAUAAGAUUACCUCUGGUUUGCUUUUGGUUCUUUUCUUCUUGGAAUGAGUCCCAGUAAGAUUAGGAUUUCUGAAUCCUUGAUUUUUGCACUCCUCUUCUUUCCUCUUUCAUUUCUGUAGACUUGAUCACAAUGACAGUAGACAUUUAAAAACUGAUUCUAAUUGGGCAACUGAAGAAUUGUGGCAAAGAAAAAUACUUCCAUACUUUUCCUUAACUCACUAAAGGAAUAGUUAUUUUUAGUCCUUUUAGAUUUUAUUUAUUUUAAAUAGAUGUGUAUUAAAUACUUUCUAAAAACUUAUUAUCUUCAAAUAUAAGAACAUUGCAGAAAAGCCUAGAAACAUAAAAUUUACUUAUAAUUCUACCAUCUUAGUUGUUGCUGUUGUUAGGUGCUGUCAAGUCAGUUCCGACUCAUAGCAACCCUAUGUACAACGGAAGGAAACACUGCCUGGCCCUGUGCCAUCCUCAUAAUCGUUGUUAUACUUGAGCCCAUUGUCGUAGCCACUGUGUCAAUCCAUCUCAUUGAGGGUCUUCCUCUUUUUCGCUGACCCUCACUUUACCAGGCGUGCUGUCCUCCAAGGACUGAUCCCUCCUGAUAACAUGUCCAAAGUAUGUGAGACAUAGUCUCGCCAUCCUUGCUUCUAAGGAGCAUUCUGGUUGUACUUCCAAGACAAAUUUGUUUGUUCUUUUGGACCCCAUAGCCCUCAGGCCAACAAUUCGAUCCGUCAGGGAGUUUGGCUGUGUCUGUGGAGCUUCCGGAAACCGUGGUGGCAUAGUAGUUAAGUGCUAUGGCUGCUAACCAAGAGGUCAGCAGUUCAGAUCCGCCAGGCGCUCCUUGGAAACUCUAUGGGGCAGUUCUACUCUGUCCGAUAGGGUCGCUAUGAGUCAGAAUCGACUCGACGGCAGUGGGUUUGGUUUUUUUGUUUUAUGGAGCUUCCAUGACCUAGCCUUGUACAAGUUGUGCUGGCUUCCCCAGUAUCAUGUACUGUCCUACCAUCACCAAAGUUACCACUUAUCUAUUGUCUAUUUAGUGUUUUUCCAUCCCCACCCUUCCUGUUCCUCGUAACCAUCAAAGAUUGUUUCCUUUUGUGUGUAAACCUUUUCAUGAGUCUUUAUAGCAGUGGUCUCAUGCAAUGUUUGUCCUAUUGUGAUUGACUUAUUUCAUUCAGCAGAUUCAUCCACGUUGUGAGAUGCUUUGCAGAUUCAUCAUUGUUCUUUAUUGUUGUGUAGUACUCCAUCGAGUGUACGUAUCAUAGUUCGUUUAUCCAUUCAUCUGUUGAUAGGCAUCUAGUUUGUUUCAGUUUUUUUGCUGUUGUGAACAAUGCUGCAGUGUGAUGGCUCUUAUUUCUUUAGGAUAUGUGGGAUUGCUGGAUCGUAUGGCGUUUCUAUUUCUAGCUUUCUAAAGAAGCUCCACGUCGUUUUCCAAAAUGGUGGUAUCAUUUUUCAUUCCCAACAGCAGUGCUUAGGAGUUCCAAUCUCCCCGCAGACUCUCUAACAUUUUAUUUCCUGUUUUUCUGAUUCAUGCUAGUAAUGUGGGGGUGAGAUGGUAUCUCAUUGUGGUUUUGAUUUGCAUUUCUCUAAUGUUUUUAUUUUUUUUUUUAAUGACUAGUGAUCACCAGCAUUUCCUCAUGUGUCAGCUGCUUGAAUGUCUUCUUUGGUGAAGUCCUAUUCAUUUCCUUUACCCAUUUUUUACUGGAUUAUUUGUCUUUUUGUUGUAAAGGUAUUGGAUCUUCCUGUAGAUUUUAGAGAUUAGACCUUUUUCGGAUUUGUAAUAGCCAAAAAAUUUUCCCAUUCUGUAUAUUCUUUUUUUACUCUUUUGGUAAAAAUCUCUUGAUGAGCGUAAGUGUUUAGUUUUUAGAAGAUCCCAGUUAUCUAGCUUAUCUUCUGGGUUUGUGUGUUGUUAGUUAUGGUUUAUAUCCUAUUAAUGCCGUGUAUUAGGGCCUCUAGCGUUGAUCUUUUCUUCUAUGAACUUUAUAGUUUUUGGCUUUAUAUUUAGGUCUUUGAUCCAUUUUUAGUUAGUUUUUGUGUAUGGUGUGAGCUGUGAGUCCUUUUUCAUUUUUUUUUUACAGGUGGACAUCCAGCUUUGCUGGCAGCAUUUGUUAAACAGACUGUCUUUUCCCCAUUUGAUGGACUUUGGACCCUUAUCGAAGAUCAGACUUUCAACUGAACUCUCAUCUGUCAACACUGGCAAAUAUUCAUAAGAUCUACCACACCCUUAAUAAGCUAAACCUAACAGAAGACGUUGGCCAAGACGAUCACCAAACAGGAAGUCUGCGGUCUUGCAGUUCUUCGGACUGCUUUAGUAAAGUGAUGCCACCAAGGAAAAAGAGAAGACCUGCUUCUGGAGAUGAUUUGUCUGCCAAGAAAAGUAGGCAUGAUAGCAUGUAUAGAAAAUAUGAUUCAACUAGAAUAAAGACUGAAGAAGAAGCCUUUUCAAGCAAGCGAUGCUUAGAGUGGUUCUAUGAAUAUGCAGGUACUGAUGAUGUUGUAGGUCCUGAAGGCAUGGAGAAAUUUUGUGAAGACAUUGGUGUUGAACCAGAAAAUGUCUUCGUCUACCUUACCAAGCAUGGUGUCCUUCUCCAGGAACUGGUCCCUCCUGAUAACACAUCCAAAGUAGUUAUGCUUGUCCUAGCCUGGAAAUUGGAUGCACAAAACAUGGGUUAUUUUACUCUACAGGAAUGGUUAAAAGGAAUGACUUCUCUCCAAUGUGAUACAACAGAAAAGCUAAGAAAUACUUUGGAUUACUUAAGAUCAUUAUUAAAUGAUUCUACAAACUUUAAACUUAUUUACAGAUAUGCAUUUGACUUUGCACGGGAAAAGGACCAGCGCAGCCUAGACAUAAACACUGCCAAGUGCAUGUUGGGACUGUUAUUAGGAAAAAUCUGGCCCCUUUUUCCAGUUUUUCACCAAUUCUUAGAGCAAUCAAAAUAUAAAGUCAUUAACAAAGACCAGUGGUGCAAUGUGCUGGAGUUCAGCAGAACAAUUAAUCUUGACCUCAGCAACUACGACGAAGAUGGAGCAUGGCCAGUUUUGUUGGACGAGUUUGUGGAAUGGUAUAAAGACAAGCAGAUGUCAUAGGACUUUAUGCAUAGCAGCGAGAGAGUCACUGUUACCACAGUUCUGUCAACCAUUAGCCAUAAAUUGCUGUUUGUAUCAAAGCGCAUGCGGCUUUUCUUGCACUGUCUCCCUUUUGCAGGGACGUUUUGGUGUUUGCUAUUGAAUGGGCCAGCUCUGCUUGCUGUGUGGCAUUGUUCUCUUGGAAGGCUGCUUUGCAGUUUGUAUUUACACUACAGAUGGUGAAUUUGCCAACGUCCUCACUGUGAUUAUGUGUAUAUUGCUGUUUAAAUUUUGUAUAUGUGUAUAAAAAGAAAAAGCUUCACCUAGAGAUUAUUUCUGCAAAAAUGAAUUGUAAAAAUAAUUUUGUGGCAUAUUUCUAGUCCCUUUUUUCAAAUGAACCUGUUAUAUUUUAUUUGGUCUCAAAUGUAGCAUUUCAGAAGAAAAGACAAAACAACUGUUACCGUGAGCAAACAUUGCCAGAAUUAACCUUAUUGCUUUAAGAGGCCAAUUUUUGGAGGGAGGAGGGAGUUAUAACUUCUCAGCAGCAUAUGCCAAGUGUCAUUUGGUUUUCUUAACAAAAGUAAAAUGAUGAGAGCUGUAAUUAUUUGAACAGAGAUGUGUACCAUGCUAUAUAAAUCAUUUCCACUCUGCAAGGUACAGUUUUUUAUUUUGUAAUGUUAAAACUAUAGUAGUUUGGAUACAGGUACAGAUGAACAAAUUAAAAUUGCACCUUUUUUUUUUUCCUUAACAGGGUUUAAAUUCUAAAAUUUCCUUAGCGGUUUUUGUUUUGUUUUUUUUUUCCUUUUGCAUUCUUCUAGUCAGUGUUUGGUCUACUGUUGCUUUCUAUGCCAUUCUAAGUAAAAUUUAUUUUGCUUCCCCUGUGAAAACCUAAUGGUUUGCAGGCAAUUUGUAACUACAGAGCACUUUUAGUUGUGGAUUGAAUUUUUAGUUAAACUUCCAUGAUGUCUAAUUUCCUAGGUUUUUUGGAAAAAGAAAUAUACCAUAAGUGAGAGAUUUUUGUUUUCCUUUUUUUUUUUUCUUGUUUGUCUCUCUCAUGCUAGGCUUCUCCUGCCAGAAUGUCCAUUGCAGGCAGUGGACACGAAACCACCAGCAUUGAGUUAAGUCUAAUAGACGAUAGGACCUUUUGGGGAGGGGCCGCUUGUCAUUACCUGAGUAAUUUGUGCAGAAAGGUUAUAGCCAUUAUUUAUGUGAAUGAGGAAGCAUGUUGAUAUUUUUAGGCUUGUAUUUUAUGUCUUUUUUUUUUUCCUUAUUCUUCUUUAGAAGAUCUAUAGAUAACAUGUUUUUUCCCCCAACUAUCUGGUGCUAUUGAAUGACUAUUCCAGUCCCUAAAGUUUUGUGAAAACACAAAAAUCUAAUGAUUUAACCAAGUAAAAAGCUAACGAUGCAUUUGAACAAGUGAAAGCUCUAGUUGUGAACACGAUGCAUGAUUGAACAUGUAAGGAUUGGAAGAGGAUUGGAUUAUUUAGAAAUCUGCCCCAAACGUCCUGUAGAUUAAAUGUGAACCUUUAAAUGGCAUUCCGUGAGUAAAGCACACAAUGCUACCCCUGACCAUUAUUUCACAGUUGCUUUGUGAACAGUGUUCAGGUUUUCAGCUUAUUUUUUUCCUCACUGAACCACCAAAGACAGAGCUUUUGUAUGUAGAUAGAGUGUGUGUGCAUAAGCAAAAUCAUGGUAUGGCAGAAUGCAACUACUUCCUUUCUUCAAACCAAGUAGAAAGGUUUGGUUUGCUGUGAAAUAGGAAGUUUCAAAUGCUCUGUAGUGACUAAGCAUACUUAAUCAUUCCUUGCUUGUAGACCCACCUUACAGAUUAAUACUAGUUUGUACAAAUUACUAUCUGAAAAGAAUGGAAAAUGUUUACAGCCAGCAGCAGUUAUUAAGACCACUGUGUUGAAAGGGGCUCCAUGGAUGUGUAUGGAUUCGAGUGGUGAUUGGCCAGAGGCGGACUUGGACAUGUGGAGAACUUAAUUCAUUUUUCAGACGGAUCCCAUAAAGUUAACAAAGUUAACAAAUCACACUUUCAAAGCAGCAGUUCUUAAAUUUGAUCAACUGCAGUUUUGCUUAAGGCAAAUAGAAAUCAGAGAUGAAAUUGUUUAACAAGUGAAUUUUUGAAACACUAAGCAGAGUUAAUUCUCAAAUAAAAGGAUUGUUGCAAGGGGAGAUGUUGCAUUUCAUACACAAUCAGCGUUUUGAUGAUAGAGUAGAAAACCCAAGUAAAAACUGUUUCAUGGUGCAUAAGAUGAAGUAUUCCAGAGGGGUAAUCUAGCAUCCUUAGAAAACUUCAGAUAAUCUUUAAACUCCCUUAAAUUAAGCUCUGUGACUACUGGGUUACAGAGUGUUUGCCUUUGGUUUUCUUGAUUUUGUGUAGUUAACUUUAAAGGGAGAAAAAAGGGAUCAGACAAUUAUAAUUUUUCUUAAAACUGUCUCCUUGUUACACAGAAUUGGUGAACAAUCAUCAAGCAUUUAUUUACUGGCUAAUGUUAAAUACGUUAGGAUCCCUUCGUCUGCGUUUUCUUUAGUACCGAGCUAAGUCACCUCCCUUUUUCUCCCCUUCCCUUGUAUUUUGAACUCCACGUUGCAAUACUCUGUGAUAACAGAAUACCAUUCUUAGAUGUUUACUGCUGCGGUAGGUCAGAAAUCUCAUUAUUUGAUUUGCCACAAGCACCCGCUAAUGUUACGUGCAUCUUUUUUGAAGCAUGAACUAUGAAUUAAGGUUUUAUAAAUCUGAGUAGACAGAUCUCUAGAUUCUGGUUCAAUAACAGAUUUCUGUUGCCUCUGUCUCCAUUUUAACAGAACUUUUGAAGUUUAUACCCAAAAGCUUUAAAGAUUAGUUUGUUCCCUUGAUUUUAAUUCUUACAACUGCUGAAAUACCUCUGUAAGCCUUAUCCUUUAUCCUUUCAAAUGUUGUAUAAUAAAUGUAUAGACUUCAUUGACCAACUAAAAUGUUGGGUGUCUGUAAAUGAGACCAAAACAUGGGUUGCUUUUUUUCAUACAAUAAUUUUUAUUCGGGGUUACUGUUAAAUGAACAGCAACUAACCUGUAACUGUGAAUGCUUCAUGUCGUCAGUAUUUGCAUUACAUCCAUAAAAGUAUGCAAGUCCUGUGACUCCCAGCUUAACUAAAAUACUGUUAUGCCACCUAACUUGAGUACAGCAAACUGGUUUUAGGUUUUAAUUAAUGGAAUUGAUGUAAAAUGAUAUCCCACAAAUAAAAAGUAUUGUGUUUGGUUUCAGAA